GUUGGGCCUGCUCGAAUCUCAGCCGGUUUACUUCCCGGCCCAGUAUGGCCCAAAAACUUCCCUAUCCACAACGACCGAAGCGCUUUCCUCCCCGCGGCUCCGCCUCCGCAAUCCGCCAUGGCAGCCGCGAAGCCGGUGGAGCCGCUGCCGCUGCUACGAGCCGGCGCGGAUACCGCCGCCGCCGCCGCUCUCCGGAGAUUCCAGCUUCCGCCGCAGCCACCACGCAGUGUCAGAGCCAACGCUAUCAGGGCCUCUCCUCCUUCGAACGGCGCCGGGAGCCCCGACGAGCUACCCGCCGCGCUCCUGCCCAACGCGGCGCGGCGGCGGGACGGCUGCGGGUUCAGCCUCGGCGUGGACCUGGGAGAAGCACGCACCGGAGUCGCCGUCGGCAGGGGCAUCACCCUCCCCCGUCCCCUCACCGUUCUGAAGCUGCGUGGGCAGAAGCUGGAGCUGAUGCUGCUUGACAUAGCUCAGCAGCAGGAGGCGGACGAGCUGAUCGUGGGGCUCCCCGUCUCCGCCGACGGGAGCGAGACGCCGCAGUCCAACAAGGUUCGGAGCGUCGUCGGGAGGCUCGCCGUCCAAGCGGCCGACAGGGGAUUGCGGGUGUAUCUGCAGGAUGAGUACGGGACAACGAUCGACGCCCUCGAGUUCAUGAUCUCCAGGGGAGUCAAGAGGUCUGCACGUGAUGUCAAAUCUGAUGCGUAUUCUGCCAUGAUGAUUUUGGAGAGAUAUUUCUCGUCAUCAGGUCAAGGGGCUAAGAUUGUUCUUCCUAAACAACCACAACUACAGAGCAAAUUGUUAGAGAAGUCAAGGCAAGAUGCUCAAGUUUAGGAAGCCGUGUACGUUCUAAUCUCUCCAACCAUAGAUAGCAGACUUAUCACAACAGCGUUCUUGUUGUUCUACCAGCUAACUUCAAUUGCGUAGUACAGUAUUUUAUAUAGUCUUGUUCGCCGUACUCAUAUGAUUAAACGAAGGGAGGAUGACUUGUUGACAUUCUGCCAAUUUAUCAAAAUUACAAGUUUCGAUCAAAAUUCUUCAUUUGCUGUUUCAAAUCAACCAGAUGUAAAUCGUGCAACUUGCCCGAUGAUAAAUCUCGUGGUCAGUUCUGAGUCUGGAUUUCGUUGCUAGUAGACUUCUUGUUCAGAUACUUGUAUGUCACUUAAUAAUAAUAGCAUUAUGGUUUCCAAGUCCAACAAGAUUGUAUAUGCGUAGUUUUCAUAGAGAAGGAAUUUGAGAGUAAACUGCUCUAAAACUCAGCUUUGGAAAGAAAGAAAAAGGUAAUGUACAACAAUCCCCCGUCCCAUUCCAUGUGCUAAACACGCACUUUACCCAUUUGAGAGUAUGACUGAUCUAUCUUUACUGUAUCUGCAUCAAUCAUGGUUGCUGCAGGCAUACAUUGCUGCUGACACAAAGUAGAAUGCCUGAGCCAAAAUCGUCAGAAUGAAUCAAGAAUUAGAGAAUGUGAUUCUGUCCAAAUGAAGAUGCAUCUGAAUCUGUACAAAUUGAAUCAAAACAGCUUGCUGAAUUCGGUUUCCUGGGCCGGUUCACCAAGCCGAGGGAAGAACGGUUCCCUCUCGAGCAUAGUCUGCAACGAGUCCAUCACCCUCACCAGAGACGCCCACAAGAACGGCGCAGAACAAAAUGCGUACCCGAAGAUUGCCAGAACCCUCACGAUACCA